AUGGACCAUUUAUAUUCUAGGAUAGGAGAAAUGUCUACAAAAGUGCCAAGCAUUAAACUGAAAAUUGAUCCUCGGGAUCUGCAGAUCCAGACAUUUACAGUGGAGAAAUUAUUGGAACCAUUGAUAAUUCAGGUUACAACACUAGUGAACUGUCCACAGAAUCCUUCUAGUAAGAAAAAGGGCCGUUCCAAAAGAGCUCGUGUCUUGCUAGCUUCUGUGGAAGAAGCCACCAGGAAUCUGUUGGACAAGGGGGAAAAAAUAGCCAAGGAAGCAAUUGUGUUUAAAGAGGAACUUCAUGCAGCACUCACUGAUGUCCAGAAAGAGAGUCAAGCCUUAAAGGUAUCAGCAGAGGCAUUUACCAGUGAUCCCUGCUAUCUGCCUAAGAGGCAGGCUGUUGUCCAAGCAGCACGAUCUCUGCUUACGGCUGUCACAAGGCUUCUAAUUCUGGCAGAUAUGGUUGAUGUGGCAUACUUAUUGGAACAUUUAACUGUGUUUCAAAGAACGUUUGAAUCUUUAAGAAAUGUAUCCAGUAAAUCUGAUCUACAGAAAACCUACCAGAAGUUUCGAAAAGAUCUGGAAAAUCUUGAUUAUUUGGCAUACAAACGUCAGCAGGAUUUGAAAUCUAGCAAUCAGCGAGAUGAAAUUGCUGCAGCACGUGCAUCCCUGAAGGAAAAUUCCUCUCUCCUACAUUCAAUAUGUUCAGCUUGUUUGGAACAUUCGGAUGUUGCAUCCCUUACAGCCAGCAAGGAUUCAGUUUGCAAUGAAAUACAGAAUGCUCUCAAUGUCAUUUCUAAUGCUUCCCAAGGAGUUGGAAAUAAAAUGGGACAACCUACAUCUCACACAGCUACUCUUGGAAGUGCACUUGAUGAGCUUGAGAAUUUAAUUAUCCUGGAUCCUCUUGUGGUGAAUGAAGAGAAAAUAAGGCCAUCACUAGAGAAACGUCUGGAAGCUAUUAUCAGUGGAGCAGCUUUGCUAGCCGAUUCUUCUUGCACACGCGAUUUUCAUCGAGAACGUAUAAUUGCCGAAUGCAAUGCUAUCCGCCAAGCUCUCCAAGACCUGCUUUCUGAAUACAUAAACAAUACUGACAAGAAAGAGAGAAGUAAUGCCUUGAAUGUUGCAAUAGAGAGUAUGUGCAAGAAGACAAGAGACCUCCGCAGACAGCUCCGUAAAGCCAUUAUAGAUCACAUCUCAGACUCCUUCUUAGAUACCACUGUUCCACUUUUAGUUCUCAUUGAAGCUGCUAAAAAUGGAAGAGAUAAAGAAAUAAAGGAAUAUGCUGCUAUAUUUCGAGAACAUACCAGCAGGCUUGUGGAGGUUGCUAAUCUUGCUUGUUCACUGUCAACAAAUGAAGAUGGAAUGAAAAUUGUCCAAAUGGCAGCUAAUCACAUAGAGACUUUGUGCCCACAGGUUAUUAAUGCUGCUUUAGCUCUGGCUGCCAGACCAAAAAGUCAAGUUGUGAAAAACAACAUGGAGAUGUAUAGGAGUACAUGGGAGAAUCACAUCCAUGUUCUUACUGAAGCUGUGGAUGAUAUAACAAGUAUUGAUGAUUUUCUUGCUGUAUCAGAAAGCCAUAUUCUUGAGGAUGUAAACAAGUGUAUCAUUGCACUGAGAGAGCAAAAUGCAGACAACUUAGAUCGUGCAGCAGGUGCAAUCCGAGGGCGCGCUUCAAGAGUAGCUCACAUUGUUUCGGGUGAGAUGGACAAUUAUGAACCAGGGGCUUACACUGAAGGAGUGAUGACCAAUGUUCACUAUUUGACCAAGAAUGUGAUUCCAGAGUUUAUUAGUCAAGUAAGUACUGCAUUGGAGAGCUUAAGCAAGAACACAGUGCAUCUGUUUGACGAUAACCAGUUUGUAGACAUUUCUAAGAAGGUAUAUGAUACAAUUCAUAACAUCAGAUGCUCAGUCAUGAUGAUUCGGACACCUGAGGAGCUAGAAGAUGUAUCUGACCUCGAAGAAGACCAUGAUGCACGUAGUCGUACAAGUAUUCAGACUGAAGGGAAAACUGACAGGGCCAAGAUGACUCAACUGCCAGAGGCUGAAAAGGAAAAGAUAGCUGAGCAAGUGGCUGACUUCAAAAAAGUCAAGAGUAAGCUUGAUGCAGAGAUUGAAAUAUGGGACGAUACCAGCAAUGACAUCAUUGUUUUGGCCAAGAGGAUGUGUGUGAUUAUGAUGGAGAUGACUGACUUCACAAGGGGUAGAGGACCACUGAAGAACACAUCUGAUGUAAUUAAUGCAGCAAAAAUGAUUUCAGAGUCAGGAUCAAGGAUGGAUGUCCUAGCACGGCUGAUUGCCAAUCAGUGUCCAGACCAAUCGUGCAAACAGGAUUUACUGGCUUACCUAGAACAGAUCAAGCUGUACUCCCAUCAGCUCAAAAUCUGCAGUCAAGUUAAAGCAGAAAUCCAGAACCUAGGUGGAGAGCUUAUCAUGUCAGCUUUGGAUAGCGUCACUUCACUAAUUCAGGCUGCCAAAAAUUUAAUGAAUGCUGUGGUACAGACAGUGAAGAUGUCCUAUAUUGCAUCCACAAAGAUUAUCAAGAUUCAGAGUCCUACUGGCCCACGACAUCCUGUUGUGAUGUGGAGAAUGAAGGCUCCAGAGAAGAAGCCCCUAAUUAAAAGAGAGAAGCCAGAAGAAAUCUAUGCGGCUGUCAGAAAAGGUUCUGCAAAGAAGAGAAUCCAUCCUGUUCAAGUCAUGAGUGAAUUUAGAGGCAGAGACAUAGUCUAA